AUGGCCAACAGGGGAGCUACCUUCUUUUCCUGCAUACGUGCCUUCACCGGCAACUCCAGCAUGGCGGCGGGUUCGCCGGAACAGUUGCCGCGGCGCGUGGAGGUAUUGGAGACCGUAGAGCUGUCGGAGCGAGAGAAGAAGAUCUUCCAACGGCUUCUCGAUGUCGUCCGUCACUUCAAGCUCGGCACUGAGCUUCGCGUUGCAGGUGGUUGGGUUCGGGACAAGCUAUUAGGGAAAGAACCUGUUGACAUUGACAUUGCUCUUGAUAAUAUGACGGGCAAGGAUUUUUGCGAGUACGUAAAUAAGUACGCAAAGGUGGGACAGGAGGAGGAGGAAGGAAUCCAUAUUAUACCACGCAACCCUGAUCAAUCAAAGCACUUGGAAACUGCUAAGAUGAAAAUUUUCCUAAAAGUUAUUGAUUUUGUUAACUUGAGGUCUGAAAAAUAUGUUGGGAGCAGCCGUAUCCCUACCAUGAAGUUUGGCACAGCGGAAGAAGAUGCAUACCGUAGGGACCUAACAAUGAAUAGUUUAUUCUUCAACAUCAACAAUAACUCUGUGGAAGAUUUUACUCUAAGAGGUAUUGAUGACCUCAAAAAGGGCCUUAUUGCCACUCCUUUACCUGCCAAAGGUACCUUCUUGGAUGACCCACUUAGAGUUCUUCGAGCAAUUCGAUUUGCUGCAAGAUUCAACUUUACAUUAUCUAAUGAGUUGAAGGAAGCUGCUUCGGAUGAAAAUGUGAAAUUGGGACUUGGUUGCAAGAUUAGCAGAGAACGUAUUGGCAAGGAGAUUAAUCUUAUGAUGUCAGGCAAACACCCAGUUGAAGCAAUGUCUCUUAUCCGUGAUUUGGGGCUAUUUGACGUUGUAUUUUCUUUCCCUAAAACAUCCGAUUCUCCAGGUUUUGACAACUGUGAUCGGUGUGUCCUCGUUCUGACAUAUAGUUAUUUUGUGUUUCAGAUUCAGGCAACUGUUUGUACACAGGUUGAACAGCAACAGCUUUACCUCUAUAGUGCACUCUUUUUUUCCCUCCGAAAGAUGUCCUGCUUGGAUGAAAAAUAUAAGGAGAUUCCUAUCACUAGCUAUAUUAUUAAGGAGUCAUUAAAGCGGAAAGCAUGUGUUGCUGAAUCGGUUGCCAACAUACAUGCUGCCAGCAGAGAGUUUGCUGAAUUAGUUCUCCUCUUUGAAUCAAACGUCACUUUGGGAGCUCUCAAGGAGAAGCUCGAAGAUGCAUAUCUCGAUAUACCAACAGACAUGUUGAAGCGUGUAAAAGCAGGACUGAUACUUGAUGAAAUAAAGAACUUGUGGCGGGUGGCACUUCUUAUAUCCAUUCUCUCCUAUCCAGAAGCUGGUGACACCCUCAGCCAGCAGGAUGAGCUGCGUCGGAGGAAAGAGAAGUACAUCAAAGUUGAGCGUUCCAUAACUGAUCUAGGUCUCGACGGGGUGUGGGAGUGCGAGUGGAAGCAGAAGCAAUUGGUCAAUGGCAACACCAUAAUGGGAGUUCUGCAGGUCAAGUCAGGAGGUCGACUGAUUGGAGAAUGGAAAGAACGUGUGUUCAAGUGGCGGCUUGCGCAUCCGGAAGGAACCAUGGAUGAUUGCAUCGAUUGGUUGAAGCGGUCCCAAUCGAAACGCCAGAAGGUAGAAUCCAGCAUCUGAUGGUGACAUUUUGAGAAUAUUUUGUGUAUUAGAUCCAUGGUUUGCGUGAUGUUAGCAUGAUCCCGGGACUGCCUGCCAGAACAUUGUCUAUCCGUGAUGUUAGGAUGUGCGUUUGCAUUAUGUAAGGAAUCGCAGAAUGGGACCUGACGUAGAUCGA